AGUUAGUAGUGGCGGUGUUCCCCGAGCGGAAGAAUGCACGGGAGAGUGCUUUCAGUUUUGUUUUUAGUUUCCGCUGAAAUUGCGGCCUUUCAGCAGCCUGAAAAUGCCCGGUUUCGGCGAGCUAGGGUCAGACACGAGGCGCGCAAUGCCUCCAUGACGGCUUACAAUACGGACCAGCUCGAAUACAGACUCAAGCGUCUCGAAGUCCAAUCUGCGAAACAAACUUCGGAAUUAAAAGAAAGCAAUCGGAGACUUCAUGCCCUCGAAUCGCAAAAUGCUGACAUUGAAACAGCCCUUAAAGCACUCCAGAGUGAAUUAGGACAUGUUUCUGACCAACCCCAACCACACACAAAUUUACAAAUCGAUAACCUGGAAAAAGGACUUCAAGUUGUUGUGGCUGCACUUAGAAACAUCAAUUCGGGAAUUGACAAUCUCAGGAAAAACAUUUCUGAAAUUGCACUUAAGUCUAAUUCAAAACUUGCAACAAAACCAUUGCUCAGCUUCCCUGAGAAUUGCAAACAGGUGCAAGAGAGGGGCAACAACGUCUCUGGAAUUUACCGAAUUCGGCCUGAAUUGGCCUCGCGGCCUUUUUUGGCCUUAUGCGAGUUAUCGUCGCAAGGGGGAGGUUGGACUUACAUCCAGAACCGCUACACAGGAGUCCAAGAUUUCUACCAAAACUGGCACAGCUAUAAAACUGGUUUUGGCAACCUAGGGGGCGAAUUCUGGUUAGGUCUCGAAUACUUGCACCAACUCACAGGUUCGGAGGUUAACGAAUUACUCAUCGAGCUCGAGGAUUUGGACAAAACUAGGGUUUUCGCCCAUUAUAGCGCUUUCAGUGUUGGUAGCGAAGCUGAAGGCUACAGUUUGAAGGUUCUGGGGGGUUAUAAUGGGGAUGCGGGGGAUUCUCUAACAUACCAUGCCGGGAGUAAGUUUAGUACCAAGGAUUUGGACCAGGACGAGUGGCCGGAAGGGAGUUGCGCGCAAGCACAUGGUGGGGCUUGGUGGUACCGAAGUUGCGACAUGAGUAAUCUAAACGGAAAGUAUCUGAAAGGCGAGGUUCCGGAAGAGUUUAUGUACCAAGGGAUGUAUUGGGGAGGGUACCAUGGACCGAAGUAUAGUUUGGGGAAAGCUAGGAUGAUGAUAAAUUUGAAAACAACAUGGGGGCGUAUUCAGAAGAACAAUAAGAACAUUUUCAUCAAGACAUCAUGGACUUCAAACAUCGUUAUUAGGGCCAAUACAACGAAAAUAUGAUGGGAGUUUGGUGUUUAGUGAGACAAAGUACUUAUAAACAUGAAAGUAAAAGAUAUACUAUUUUGUAUUUUUUUGUAAUUUGAUAUGAUAUUAAAAGCUGAUAAAAAUUUGUACA